UAUAAACAGAGAGCACAACUUCACCUUGAAAUGAUUACGCAAAGGGUGGGAUAUGGAGCUUCUGCCUGGUGUUGCAACAUCAGUAUGCUGUCUUUUUCAAAAUUUGUAUGCAAACUUUGAAGACACUGUGUUGAGUCGUAUUACGACCGACAACGUGAGUAUAUUCAUCGAUUUAAAUGGAUACUUUCAAACUAUUAUUCAUUUGAAAUUAUAAUAUAGUGCGUGCAAUGACAGAAAAUGAAGAAGAAACGGACCAAAUUAUUUUUCUCCCUUCCCACAAUAAUAGGCUACAAAUUUUGAUCAGAUGGAUUGAAAGAGAAAUAGAGACAAAAGUACUGAAAUGGGAUGGUCGAUACUUCUAAAGAUAAAGAAAGACGCCUCAUAAAAUAAAUAAAAACAAGAACAGCCAAUGAUGUGAAAAUCACCCAAGGAGAUGGACAUUUUAAGUAAUUUAAAGAAAAUGCCUGGUUUCGAUGGACAAAUUAUGAAUACCACAAACGAUACAUCUGUGACAGAUUCACCUAAACUGGAUGAGCACACGGAGAGUCUUGUCUUUCAAACUAGUUUGGCCGUAAUUCUUUCCAUUAUUACACUGGCUACUACUUUAUCAAACGCAUUUGUCAUUGCCACGAUUUCUCAGUCAAAGAAAUUGCAAACACCGGCAAACUUUCUCAUAGCUUCAUUAGCCGUGACUGAUCUUUCGGUGUCGAUUUUGGUGAUGCCCAUAUGCGUUAUUUACACGGUGAUCCACGUAUGGACUUUGGGGCAGGUAAUAUGUGAUAUUUGGUUAUCCUCUGAUAUAACAUGUUGCACAGCAUCUAUCCUGCACCUGUGCGUAAUUGCUUUGGAUCGAUACUGGGCGAUAACUGACGCGGUCGAAUAUUCCAAGAAGCGCACCCCAGCGCGCGCGGCGGGGAUGAUCGCUACCGCCUGGGUCAUCGCCAUCUCCAUUUCCUUACCGCCUCUGUUCUGGCGACAGGUGAAAGCGGAGGAGUUAACGACUUGUAAUGUGAACACGGAUCAUAUUUUCUACACUAUUUACUCCACGUUUGGGGCAUUCUAUAUCCCCACAUUGCUGCUUAUUGUGCUCUAUGGACGGAUUUACGUUGAAGCCCGUAAGAGAAUCUUGAAACAGUCACCCAAAAAGGUCGGGAAAAGACUCACUUCAGCGCACUUGGUCACCAACUCGCCAGGAUCUGUGGCGUCAACUACCUCUAUGCAGUGCGGGAGGCACGAUGCGCACUCAAGUGAUACUGGAUCUCUGGCGAGUGACAAUCAAGUGAAAGUAACUGUGUCAGAUGCGCUAUUAGAAAAGAAAAGAAUAUCAGCAGCUAGAGAGAGAAAAGCCACAAAAACUUUGGGGAUAAUAUUGGGUGCGUACAUCAUAUGCUGGUUGCCGUUUUUCAUUUACACACUGGUGGUAGCCACCUGCUCAAUUUGUUUUUACCCAGAGCUGUUUGACUUCUUCAACUGGCUUGGUUAUCUAAAUUCUCUGAUCAAUCCCAUCAUAUACACUAUGUCCAACGAUGACUUUAAGAAAGCUUUCCACAAACUCGUGCGCUUCAAAUGUUGCAAGUUAUGAAAAAUGUCUUGACAAUUAUCUUCGCCUUCAAUAUUGUAAAUUAUUCGUAUUUACAUACCUAUAUGGUAAGUAAUAGGAUUGAAGUACAGAAUGUAAGUUUUAACGGCUGGAAAUUAUUUACGAUGAGUGAAGUGUGUCAGAAAUGACAAAUCUACAGUCUCGACAAAUCUAAUCGGCAAUGGCUUUGGGAAACGGAAAUGGGUUGUUCGUGUUCCGCAUGGAUUCCAUUUGGGGAACAUGUUGGUGCAGCGCAUUCCGCGUUAUUCCCAUGGCGACUGACCUAUUAAUGCGCCUCAGAUGCACUGCACAAGGCUGAUAUCUCUAAAGACUGUUCCCACCAACCAAUCUGAUAUUAAACCAUAAACCUAAUUGUGCGCUGGGAAUACAAGUACGGUAUAAUGUAUUUUAUUUGUUACAUUUGUUCUAUCUUGUUUUGUUUUGCAUACUUCUGUGUGUUAAAAUAUUUUUUGUUUUCUUUGCAAAACUCAAUAUUGAUGUAUGUAUAUUUAUUCUGUGGAUAAAUUAUUAAAAAGAGCUUAGGUUUCAUCUGGUUGAAUCAAUCAACAGCAUUGGUUCACAGGUUGUGGUGUUUCAUUUGUAGGCUAAUAUCGUUUUAAUCCAAGAAAUGCAGAGUGCUGAAAUGAUCAUCUUGCAAUUGUAAUGGUGUCAUUUGUUGUGUACUAGGUAUAAAUAGGAUUUAGAUUCAUACAACUUGAAUGUCAAACACAGGCAUAGACAGAUUUUAUUAUGGGUGAUAUUUACCCAGUUAUUUUUGAGAGCAGAUGAAUAAGUUCAAUUUUGCUGAACAAACAUGUGAUGUUUAACUAAGUGUGACUGUAUGCCUGUGAGUGUGUUUGAACUGUAUCCUCACACAUAGGAAGUGUGUUUAUCUGUGUUUGUGUCUGUAUCGCUCAGCCAGUCAAUUCACUGUCUUGAGUCACAUUAUAUGAGAAAAAAGGAGAAACUGAAACCGUGAUAAAUCUUUAUGAGAGUAUUUAUGAAAUCCAUGUUGACAUUGGUGAAAUUUAUUGCUUGAAUCUCUCCAAUUGUGGAAGUCCUCUUUUCAC